AUGGAUAUAACACUGACAAGGGUAGAUUACGCGCAAAUCGGGACAGCAAGUAGGGGAUGUAUGCGUGUGAUUGCGGCUGAUAAAGAAGAUAAAAAGAAGAAAACAAAAACCCUUGAUAAGAUAGUUUGUGGUAGUCAUACAGGUGUGGUGUUGUGCUUCGUAAGAAAGAACUCAGAAACACAGAUGUUGUUCAAAACGAUGACUGGACCACGAAUCGACUGUCUUCGACUCGGUGGUGCACUUGGUACAGUUCAGGAUAAAAUUUUUGUGUCGAGUGAGAAUUGCGUCAAAGGGUAUUCGAAAAAGGGAAAGCAAUUUUUCUCAUUCGAAACAAACAUGGCUGAACCGAUUUCAUCAAUGUAUAUUUAUGGUGUUGACAUGUUUCUGUGUGGACGAUUAUCAUUCAAUCAUUAUCACGACUGUGCAGAUGCUAAUUAUUAUUUGUGCAAUGAACGAAUCAACGAUGUGCUUUGUUUGCCGGUCGUUGAAGGCUCUUGGGUUGGAAGAGGCAUUACGGCUGUGCUCGCAUGCGAUGAUAAAACUAUCAAGGUGUUGAAUGGUAGCGAAUUAAGUUAUGAAGUUCAGCUUGGUGAUAUACCGAAUGUACUGCAUUUAUUCAUGAACGAUGGAGGCAAUAAGCAACGAGUACUGUAUGGUACAAAAGAUGGUCGUUUGGGACUGGUUGAUCUGCCACCUAAGGAUGGAACAGUUGCUUGGGAGGUGUCAACAAAAAGUACAAGUGGUUCGUGA